GGGAAGAGAGUCCAGAGCCCGCGAGAGGACGCUGGAGGGCGCGCUAGAGUGGCGCGGCCCGUGGUGGUGGGGGCUCGCCGGCCAUGGAGGACGAGCAGAGCUUCUCAGAUAUCUGCGGCGGCCGCCUGGCCCUGCAGCGCCGCUACUACUCCCCGUCCUGCCUGGAGUUCUGCCUCAGCUGCCCUCGGAUCUCCUUGCGCUCGCUCACCGCUGUCACCUGCAGCGUGUGGCUAGCGGCCUACGGACUCUUCACCCUCUGCGAGAACAGCAUGAUCCUCUCUGCUGCCAUCUUCAUCACCCUCUUAGGCCUGCUUGGUUACCUCCAUUUUGUGAAGAUUGAUCACGAAACUCUGUUAAUCAUUGAUUCCCUUGGCAUCCAGAUGACCUCAUCCUAUGCCUCAGGCAAAGAAAGCACCACCUUCAUUGAGAUGGGCAAGGUGAAGGAUGUUGUUAUUAAUGAGGCUAUUUACAUGCAAAAGGUGAUUUACUACCUCUGCAUUUUAUUGAAGGAUCCAGUGAAACCACAUGGGAUAUCUCAAGUAGUACCUCUCUUCCAGAGUGCCAAGCCCCGGCUGGACUGCUUGAUUGAAGUGUACAGGAGCUGCCAGGAGAUCCUGGCACACCAGAAAGCCACGUCAACAAGCCCGUGAGUCCUGAAUUCAGAAGGCCAGUGUCGUCUUCCAGAGGAGAUGACUCCUAAGCCACAGUGGCUGGUUUAUUUUCUGUAUUUUAAACCAUCAAGUGGACACAGUCCUAGGAACCACUAUGGAUGCCGUGGACCUCAGAGCCAUAGAGCAGGUGACUGGAAAACUAACUUAUUGUGUGAUGUUGAGCGAAGUAUUUAUGUGUAUUUUAGUGCUCCCUUUGUACGGUUUUGUUUUGUUUACUUUACAACUGAGGGGAGACCUCGAAACACUAUGUCAGGAGUAAUAUUGACAAAGAGCACUUUGUGAAAUUCCUAAGCACAUUCAAGUUUACUUUUUGUUGAAAUUUGGAGAGCAAGACAAUGGGAAAUUGACAUCAGAUCUCUUGAGAAAGAUAAUUUCCAGCUGCACAGUACCCCUGUAUAAAAGUUAAGAAAAAAAGCAAGCCCUUUGGGGACUGGUCAGUAGGAAGAAAUCUCCUACGAAAGACUAGUCUCUGUCCACCCAGCUCCUGUGUUCUGUACUGGGUUAAUUUAUGAUGAUUCUCUUAAUUAACAGAUCUCCCUCCAAAACAUACAC